CACAGUGAGUGUGAAAUAUAUAAAACCGCAGUGUGUGUGAAAAAAAAGACCACUGGAAAGUAGAAAACUUCUCUCUCCUCCAUCUCUCUCUCUCUCUAAAACCACCAAACCCCUCUCUCGAUCAAACCCCUCUCUCUCUCUCACACAAUCACACAGAACUGUGCGUGAUUGUGUCUAUACCUCUGUAUAUACCCUCUGCAUAUUUUUCAAAAUACUUGUUUUGUAUAAAAUAUUUAUACCGUCCAAUAUAUAUAUAUAUUUGUAGAGAGAGAAAGUGUGUGUGUGUGUGCGUGUGUGUCUGCGUUUUGUUUCUGUGAGUGGGAAUAUAUAUGGAGAGGUACGGUGGGACCCAGGCAAUGGAAGCAGUGCAGGUGGAUCCGGUGGCGGAAUGGGCCGCCCCGGGCGGAGAGACGGGGCUCGAAGAGCCUAUGUGGCAAUUAGGCCUCGGAGGCGGGCCCGAAUCGUACCCCGAGAGGCCCGAUGAGCCCGAUUGUAUCUAUUAUUUGAGGACUGGUUUCUGUGGAUAUGGCAAUAGGUGCAGGUUCAACCAUCCUCGUGACCGUAGUAUGGUAAUGGGAGCUUUAAGAGCUGGUGGAGGUGAGUACCCAGAACGUGUCGGCCAGCCUAUCUGUCAGUACUACAUGCGGACUGGGAUGUGCAAAUUCGGUACUUCCUGCAAGUACGACCAUCCAAAGCACGGACUUGGAUCUUCGGCUCCAGCCGGACUGAACUUCUAUGGAUACCCUUUAAGACCGGGGGAAAAAGAAUGUUCGUAUUAUGCAAAAACAGGGCAGUGCAAAUUCGGUGUCACCUGUAAAUAUCAUCACCCCCAGCCAUCAGGGAUACAAAUGCCGCAGGCCCCCCAACCCCCUGGUCCCGGCGGCCCUUUUGCGGGUCCCACGCAACCAGUUUAUCCAACUGGACCAUCUCCUUCGAUUCAAUCUUCUCAACAGUACAGCGUAAUUCAAGGCAAUUGGCCUAUCGCCAGGCCUGCCAUGCUUCCCGGUUCGUAUGUUCCCGGAAAUUACGGUCCGAUGCUCCUCCCUCCAGGUGUCGUUCAUGUUCCUGGUUGGACUCCUUAUCAGACACCUGCUAGUCCUCUGGCCUCCUCGAGCAAUCAACCCCCAGUUGGUGGGGCCCAAAUCUACGGAAUUACACAGCUCUCUCCUUCGGCAACUGCUUACGCGGGCCCGUACAUGCCUAUUACUUCUGCCGGCCAGUCAAGUAGCAGUCAAAAGGAACACGCGUUUCCAGAAAGACCCGGUCAACCAGAAUGUCAAUAUUAUUUGAGGACCGGCGACUGUAAAUUUGGUGCUACGUGUAAAUAUCACCAUCCAUCGGAGUGGAGUGUGCCGAGGGGCAAUUUCGUACUUAGUGCAAUGGGUCUGCCGUUGCGCCCAGGUGCGCCUCUUUGUUCUCACUAUGCACAAAACGGAAUGUGCAAAUUCGGACCCUCGUGCAAAUUCGAUCACCCGAUGAAAACUCUGAGCUACAGUCCUUCAGCAUCUUCCCUGACCGACAUGCCAGUUGCUCCUUACCCAGUGGGGUCCACAAACGCAACUCUGGCUCCAUCAUCCUCGUCAUCAAAUUUAAGGCCCGAGAUUCUCUCUACAUUCAGCAGAGACACCUUCUCAUCACAAAUCUCUUCCAUUAAAAGUUCGAGCGCUUCAGUCGGCUCUAUGCUCUCAAAAAGCGGGCCCAUUACUCAGUCGAGCGUUCAUCACUCUGCACAGGGCUCGAUUUCUUCAAGUGGCGGCGGCAGUGGCAAAACUCCAGGCGGUCCAUAAUCAAAAGCCUAUAAAAUCGAAGGAUUAAAUUAUUGGUGAAAAUCUUUCACCAAAUUUCUCGAUCCUUCUUAAUUAGAACAGCUGUAGUUAUGUCGAUUUUCCGUGUUUAUAGAUACCAUCACUCCCAUGGGCCAAUCAUCAUCAUCAUCAUCUCCGAAUAAGUCAUACAUCAUCCCUCGAAAGAUCUUUUGCGAAACCCUAAUCUAGCUCUUUUUUUGGAAUAACAAGAAACCGAAACCAAAUCGAAACUCGAAACUCCCGUCUAGGCUAUAUUUUGUAUCACUGCGCGCUCCAAUUUUAUUUGGAGCUUGUUCUUGUUCCUGUUGUUGUUAUUGUGUCUAUUUAUGAUAUAUCUUUUUCGGAACGAAAAAGAUUGUUAUUAUAACAUCCUCGUACCAUUUCUCGACCGACCGAUCGACGUGGAAUUUGCUGUCUGUGUACAAGUUGACUAUGUUCUUCAUCUUCUUCUUCGAUCUUCCCCCCAUUUUGUCUGGGGGAUUUGUUGUGGAGCCAAUUAAUUACAUGUUAUAAACUCAUAGAAGCAAAUUUUAUUUUGCGGUCUCUCUCUCUGUAUUUAUUUAAGAAUAUGCACUUGUCUUGUUAAAUAUUAAUUUGCUUGGAAUACAAUGCCUUUUUUUUUCUUU